AUGGGUCGUUUCUCGAAAACAUCUAUCCACACCUCAUUCAUUAACCUUUUUGUCCCUCAUGCCUUGGGAGCUGUAACCCUCCGUCACAGUCCUGAAUUCCAGUCUUGGACUCUUGACAACCAUGCCCUCGAUCAUCUAGACUCGCCGCUGGCAGGGGGCGUUCUCGGCCUCAUUCAUCACGACAGCUAG